GCUCGCGAGGAACGGUUGUGUCGCUCUCUGCAUUUCGACAGCCACUCACUCGCUCUAUCUGUUCACACAGACAAUUGGACCAAUUUUGGAUUUUUUCCGGUGAUCAGUGCUCGUUUUAUUGUUGUGGUGCUUCAGAGACUUUCGAAAGAAGCCCGACUUCAUUUUUUGCUGGUUUCGCAUCAUCAUCAGAAAAAAAGAAGAAGUGCUGCCGGUGCCACUGAUCGCUGAAAACCAACCUCCUGCUCUCGGCGCGCGAGAUAAAAAAUUACAUGUCAGCCACACGCUUAUGCAAAAGCAGCAUUCGAUGAUGUCCUGAAGCUCAACCAGCAGCAGCAAAACCGACCGGCCCGAUGGCGAGAUUUGCCUUUCACUGCAGCUUUGCUGGGAUCAUCAGGUGGGCACUUUGCGGCGGCCUCGCCACCCUCCUGCUGCUGCCCAGUCUCUCCAACACCUAUGAAAUGUCCCAAUGCAUCGCGCCAAUGGGCAUGGAGUCCGGCGCAAUCCGGGACGAGGACAUAUCAGCGAGCUCAUCUUUUGAUAGCGGAAACGUGGGCCCUCAGCACGGAAGGGUUCGCACGGAGAGUCACGGCGGCGCGUGGUGCCCGAAGCAGCAAAUCACCAAAUCGCCGCGCGAGUGGCUCGAGAUCAACCUGCACGAGGUGCACGUGAUCACCGCCUCCGAGACCCAGGGUCGCUUCGGCAACGGACAGGGUCAGGAGUUCGCCGAAGCCUACGUCCUCGAGUACUGGCGCCCGCGACUCGGCAAGUGGGUGCGCUACCGCAACUUCAAAGGAGAAGAGGUGAUUACCGGAAAUAAGAACACCUACCUCGAGGCCAAGAAUGAGCUGGACCCGCCGAUUUGGGCGAGCAAGAUUCGAUUUUUGCCCUACAGCUACCACCGCAGAACCGUCUGCAUGAGGGUGGAAAUUUAUGGCUGCUACUGGAAUGAUGGAAUUGUGAGCUACUCCAUGCCGCAAGGGGACAAAAGAGGAAACGGUUGGGAAUUCUUCGACUCCACCUACGACGGCGUGUGGGACGGCGACUUGCUCAAACGAGGCCUCGGGAUGCUUUCUGAUGGCAAAGUUGGACCCGAGAAUUUCAAACUCGGCUACUACGAUGAAAGAGGACAAGGGUGGGUCGGCUGGCGCAACGACACGCGAAACGGCAAGGCGGUCGAAGUCAAAUUCGAGUUCGACAAAGUGCGCGAGUUCAACGCGGUGCACAUUUACUGCAACAACCAGUUCACCAAGGACGUCCAGGUUUUCGCCGAGGCCAAGGUGUUCUUCAGCGUUGGCGGCCAACAUUUCCCCGGGGAGCCGAUCACCUACACGUACAUCGAGGACAGAAUUUUUGAGACUUCAAGGAACAUUUCGAUCAAACUCCAUCACCGCGUGGGCCGCUUUGUCAAACUUCAGCUGCAUUUCGCCGCCAAGUGGAUCAUGAUCAGCGAAGUUUCCUUCGAUUCUGACAUCGCGCACGGAAACUUCACUGUCGAGACCAAACCGGCCACGGACGCACCGGAACAGAGUGACGUCUACGUCGAGAAGUCGUCCCUUCCCCAGGACGUUGAAGUCCCAGUAUCUUCAGCUCAACAAGAAGACCAGACGUUCAUCGCCGUGAUCCUGGGCGUGGUGACCUCGGUGGUGCUCAUAACCGUGGUCGUGGUCAUCCUGGCGCGGUACACGCGGCGCAAGAACUUUGCCAGUCCGCUGGCGUCGAAGGCGCCGCUGAGUGGCGCCGAAAACACCGGCGGCCCCAGCAACAACGCGUACACCAGCGUGACGGUCGACGACAACUACAACCAGCCGCGGGGCAGCACCACGGCCACGGCCGACCGCAGAGGCCUGCUGGCCGCCUCCAGGGCCGACGACUACCAGGAGCCGUACCAGGCCCUCAAGUACGCGCCCUACUACAGCUACAGCCCCGUCGUCAUGGAGAUGAAGGACAUGAUCAGCGACUCGCUCAUCAGAGGAUCAGCUCCACAAUCAGACACGUCGUACGAGUACGCCGUUCCCGAGCUGGGCGGCAGUGUGCCCCUUUUAAGCAACCACGAAAACUCUCUGGCCCGCUCCGAACACGGAUCGCUCUUCUCCAGGAAUUCCAACCCCCAGGGCAUCAACGUGCCCAUCCCGAAACCACCCUCUUCAAGGACGUCGGAGGAAUCGUCUGGAAGUCGUGGGAAAAGGUCUCCAAGCCACCAACAAGAAGCUCUGAAGCGUCGUCUGGAGCAGACGGUGGUGCCCGAGUUUCCCAGACACAGACUACGCAUGCUGACCAUUCUGGCCGAGGGCAAUUUCGGAAAGCUGUACGUGGCUGAGGCGGACGGAAUACCUGAGUACGGAUCGACCAAAACGCAGGGCAAGCGAUUCGUCGCUGUCAAAUUUGUCGAGCCGAGCACUACUGAGAGUGACAGAAUCGAGUUCUACCAUGAGGUGCGCAUUAUUGCCGCUCUUGAGGACGCAAACAUCGCCAGGGUGCUGGGCAUGUGCUCGAGGGAGGAGCCCAAGUGCAUCGUCUACGAGUACCUGGAGCACGGUGACCUCAGGUCGUUCCUUGCCUCACACGUUCACGCCGAAGGAAGUCGUACCCUUCCAGUUUCAGCAGUUCAGGCCGCAGGAAUUAAAACCCUCAGCUUCAACUGUUUACUCUACAUGGCGACUCAAAUUGCGUCUGGAAUGCGGUAUUUGGAAUCACUCAACUUUGUUCAUCGAGACUUGGCUACCAGGAACUGUCUUGUCGGUGUUGGAUAUGUGGUCAAAAUAUCAGACUUUGCACAGGACAACGAGGAGUACGCCGAGGACUAUUAUCACAUUGCCAAGGGUGGUGUCUCCAUCGCUCUUCCUGUUAGAUGGAUGCCCUGGGAAAGUCUAUUCAUGGACAAGUACACAACUAAGAGUGACGUUUGGUCCUUUGCUGUAACCCUGUGGGAAAUCCUGACAAUGGCUCGGCACCAACCGUACGACCACCUGGCCUCCAACCAGCAAGUGGUGGACCAGCUCGGCCUGUUGCAGGACGAAGACGAGGAUCAUUUUGUGCGUCUGCCCAAGCCGGCCGCUUGUCCGAGGGACGUGUACGACCUGAUGAAGGAGUGUUGGCGCCGCGUCGACGUCGAAAGGCCCUCCUUCCGCGAAAUUCACCUCUUCCUGCAGCGGAAAAACUUGGGAUACGCCCCGAUGUAGAUGUGCAGUGUGCUUAUUUGCUUGCAAGGAUUUUACAAUGAAAUAAGACUUUGAAAUUUGUGCGAGAGUUGAUGUAAAAAGUAGCACGACUCUUUUAAUCUUCAUUUUAAUGAGACUUUCAGAGGCACAGAAAAGUUUAUGAUUUUAAGAUUUUUCUUCCAGUUCCUUAAGAUUUUUCCAAGAGGAAUGUGAGAUAAUCGUGGAGGGAUUUCCUAACUGUGCCUAUAUUUUGUAUUAAUUUGUAAAGCUUUGGUGUUUUUCUCACCUGUCUUGUAAAAUUGAUGAUCCCUUGCUAUGUAAAUUUUCCCUGUUUCAAGUGCUUUUUUGUGAUGAUUCACACACUUUACACAGGAAUAUACGGCGGACAAAGUUCUUGAGGACAAUAAGUAAGAAACUUUUCUCUCUACUUUUUUAAGCUGAAUAAUUUUAACCCCGUAAGGUCAUGAAUAUUUUAAUGCACAUUUAAAAACAAAUGUUUAGAUCAUCGAUCUUAAAAGAAUGGGAUAUAGACUAAAAAAAUCAUUAAAUUUCUAAUAAUUUUUUUAUUUUUAUUUCUGAAUUGACUUGGUUUUGAAAAACCUUGCUGAUUUUUUUUCAUCUCUAUACAAUUUUUCUAUGUUAAAAUUUUCAACAAUUUUGGAUGAGAGGUGGCGGCAGCCCUAAUUAUAGGGAGAGCAACAGCACACUGACCAGAAAGGCUAUUUUUCUCUGAAAAAAAAAAAGAAUCACGUGCAAUUCUCUCUAUUUCUGAUCUGCACUUUUGACAAUCUCUUUCUAUAAAAUAUACGAAUUCGCAGAAAAAAAGAAACAAACGCCUCUAAAACAAAAAGUGCUAUAACAUUUUUCAUUAUUUCUGAAGAUCAAAAGCUUGUGUUAGUUAAAAAUUUAAUGUGUCUGCCAGUUGGAACAAAGAAAAUAACAAAAAAGAAUAGUAAUCGAGCAUUUUUAUGUGAUAAGGUACUAAAAAAUUGUUGAAAAGAGUAACGACUGAAUGCUUUUAUCUGCGCACAUUAGCAAUUAAUGUUUAAGGAAAGUGCUUCGUAGUGUUGUUACUAUUCAAUUCACACACUCUGCAAAAAUCAUGAAAAAUAGCUGCGUCGAAAAUGGGAUCAUACCAAGAAUGCAAUUAAUGAGAAGGACUAAAAAUGAUUGUAUUAAUUGUGUACUCAUAUGCAAAUGUGCUAUAACUAUAUAGAAAAACCCUCACCCCAGAAACAAAAUGAUAUAGCUUUUGAACUUAUAUCGUGUAAAUUUUGCUGCAAAAAUUGUGCCAGAGUUUGGAGUAUUAUAAUGGUAGGGUGUCAUUUUAAAAAUUUUAAAUUCUUUUGCACUGAAAUAAUAGAUAUAUUAAAUAAUAAAGAUAAAAAUGCAUCACAGUGAGACAAAGAAGACCCAUCUCUGGCACAAGGAAAAUGUGUGUCAAUGUAAAAUAUUGGGCACAAAUUUAAUAUAAUAUAUAAAAACGGUCAAGUAGGCAGGCCUACAGUAAACAUGCGCAAAGGUGUGAAAAGUCGUCGUGUCUGCAAAAAGCACAAAAAUGCAAGAGCCUAGUAGCAGUUUUGCGCGUUUUGUGAACAAAAAGUAAUAAACACACUCAAUCAAUAACAAUUCUCAAGUAGUAGCAAAUUGUGUGGCGCAUCAAUAUCAAACUAGACUGUAUGGACGCAAAAAUGUUCGUUGUAAAAUAUAUAUGCAGGAUAAAAAAUAAUGUGUUUGAUCUGCAUGAUCUCUCUUCUCAAAACUCGAGAACGAAUAGCUUGUUCGAAGCCGCAGGACCACUCAAAUUUAUCUCGUGCUUUCUUAGUGAGCAGCAUUUUUUUUUAUUUCCUUAUUAGUAAAAACAAGUAAAUUUACUUCGAUGAUUUUCGUCUAAACACAUUUUAUAUAAAACUAGUCAGCAGUGCUCUUUUGGUGCAAGAAGUAUAUGAAAAUUUAAAUAAUGUAAAAGGGUGCAUAAAAAAAUCACCCUUCCGAACCCUGUUCAAGUAGCUUGGAAAAUUACACACAAAGCAACAAACCAUAUUAUUGAGAUGAUGUAGUUCUAAUUUGUACCAUAAUUGUAACAAAGAAUGCCCUGCACAUAUCAAAGGGAGAAUAGAUGCAUAUUUAUUUGUAGAUAAUACGACGAAGUUAACUGUAACUAUAUUUAAAACAAAAACUGCAAAUAAUAAAUGUUCAGUUUAU